UAGGAAUUGUUCUAGCGCACGAAGCCCUAGGUCGCGUGUCCACUUGACUUGGAUCGGUAUCGGGGUUUUAAUUUAAUAAAUUCUACCGAUUUCGAAUGUUCUGCACGACUGGGUAGCGUGACCGCUAAAACUUUUGCCGUGGUGACCACAAUGACUUAUAAAAGCGACGGCGCAUCAAAGCUGAACCAUCAUUCACCUCUGCGUUUUCACCAAAACCAAACCAAACCAAACCAGGCCGGGCCACCACACUUCUAACGAGCAAGCAAAAUGUUCAAGGUUGCAAUUGUUUUGUCGGUGGCAAUGGCGGCGAUCGUGUCCGCCCAAUAUUACGGUGGCGCCGGCCCCGAAUCUUCCGGUCUCGGGAGUUAUGGCUCCGGCGAUGAACACAAGGACUACUACGCGUAUCCCAAGUACAAGUACGAGUACGGCGUCAAGGAUGGCCACACCGGAGAUCACAAGAGCCAGUGGGAGGAGCGCGAUGGGGAUGUUGUCAAGGGCGGUUACACUCUGCAUGAAGCUGACGGCACUGAGCGUGUGGUUGAGUACACAUCCGAUAAGCACAACGGUUUCCAGGCCGUGGUGAAGCGCGUCGGUCAUGCCGAUCAUCCGCAGGUGUACGGUCACCAGGGUCAACAGCAGGGGUGGGUCCGGUUGAAGAAGGUCGUUCUUUGGGUGAGCGCAUUAUGCUUAAAGAACAUUUUAGGCAUGACUAAAAGCUGGUGGUAUAAAUUAGCGUUCCGCUGCGCCAACAAAUCACAGUUCUCAUCUAGCAUUCCAAUCAAGUGGAUCAAAUACAGUUCCUCAACCAUGUUUAAGUUUGUCCUGGUUCUUGCCCUGGCGGUGGCCGUUUCCGCUCAGUGGGAAGGUGGCUUCGAGGGAGGCUACGGAGGUGAGCACAAGGAUUACCACCAUUCUCACCCCAAGUACAAGUUCGAGUAUGGCGUGAAGGAUCACAAGACCGGAGACCACAAGAGCCAGUGGGAGUCCCGGGAUGGGGAUGUCGUCAAGGGCGCUUACACGCUGCACGAGGCCGAUGGAACCGAACGCAUUGUGGAGUACUCGUCCGAUAAGCACAACGGAUUCCAGGCCCACGUCAAGCGGGUCGGACAUGCCCAUCACCCGCAGGUUUACGGACACCACGAGGGAGGUCACUACGGUGGAGAGUCGUCGUCCUUCGGAGGGUUCGGCAACGGUGGAUAUGGCCAUGGGCACGGACAUGCCAGCAGCUACGCCAACAACAACUUGUACUCCCACCAUCAUUGAAGUGUCACCGGAUGAUCUCUUGAUAGUUUAAUGCUUCUGAAUCUAUCGCUCCGUCCUCAGCUUUUCUUUGUAAAUAUGUUUGUUUUUAUUUUCCUUAUGAUUUCACAAACUGUAAAUACAAAAAAAAUUGUUCUCCAAAAACAAACUUCAUUUGUCUUCUUCAAAUCAACAUUUCAUGCUUUCUGAU